AUGGCCAUAUACUGUGAGCUAGAGGAGGGAGAGAAGAGCAGCUCCAGGGGUAUAGUGGAGGUAUGCCCUGAGACCCACAGGUAGGCAACAGGAAAAAUAAUCUGUGGCAGAAUUUAUCUUGAUACCAGUAUAUUGUUGAUAACAGAACUCCCAUUUGAUAUGGGUAAUUUGCCACCAACAGAAAAGCCUAAAAGCCUAGGUAUUUUAGGAUAAAUCGCUUCCUUGAGAAGCUACAGGAGGGAGUGACAGCAUUGCUUCUAGCCAGUGUGGUGUUCUACUGCCUUCGCAAAGCCACACUGCCUUACAUCUCAGAUUUCCUCAGCCUGCAGCCACAAGCCCAAGACAGGACCUUCGGCAGGUUCUGGGUCAGUAAGGACUGGGAACAUGGGAAUGUUUGGAUUUGGGUUCAGUUUUCAAUUCAGUGACUUCCGGAAGUGAAAUUAAAUUAAAUGAAUUCAUUGAUAAUUGCCUGUUGUUUUAUAUGAGGAUUUUCUAGUCAUGAUUUUAAUUUCAAUUCACUUUCUGAAUUGAAAACUGGAUUGACCCCAACCCUGGAUAUUACUGUAAGUCGCUCUGGAUAAGAGCGUCUGCUAAAUGACUAAAAUGUAAAACGUACUGUCUAUCAAAUCGGUUAGCAACUAACACUCGCAUCACGAGACUCCCUGUUUGUCUUUUCACCCAGGAGUGGAUUAUCAAUGAGGAGAAGUUACCUGUGUUGGCAUUAAACUGCCCUCAGGGUUCCAGCUCAUUGGACAAGUGGUUGGUUGCUUUUUUCCUCAACCAUACAGACUACUGUGGAGUUAACAGGAUAUGGUGUCAUGUUAUGGCAUGAGAUAUGUAACUGUCUACUGGAGAGCAUGUGAAUAGAUUGACAAUCAUUUAAGCAUCACAAUAUAGUGGAAGGAAGGUGGUAUGACUAGAUGGUUAGCUCUAUUGGAAAGAGUGAUAUGAUGAUGAUGUAUGUUGACGAGAUUUAUUUCUCUUCUGGAUAUCACAGGGGCUGUCAGACUACACCAAGUGGCUUGCCCACUAUUCUGCCCAGCAACAGGAAUGCCCUGCCAAACCUAUAACAUGCCGCUCAUACGCAAGGUAGAUUGCACCACUACAAAGACUUUCUGAAAAAUAGUAUUGAUGGGUUGUUCUCUCACCUUUUGGACUCCUUCAGUGAAUAUGUCCUUUCAGGGAAUGUGAUCUAACAUCAUGUUUCACUUCCUCAUAGAGUUGGACUGAUGGGGAAUCCUUCUGAUGGCUUCAAUGGGAAAACCAUUGCCAUGACCAUCUCCAACUUCUGGGCUGAGGUCACACUGAUGGAGAGCCAGACCCUGGUAACAGUCAGACUUGACUCCAGUUAAUACAGUGCAUUCGGAAAGUAUUCAGACCCCUUCCCUUUUCUACAUUUCGUUACAUUACAGCCUAAUUCUAAAGUGGAUAAAAAAAGAAAUCCUCAUAAAUCUACACACAAUACCCCAUAAUGACAAAGCGAAAACAGGUUUUUAGACAUUUCUGCUAAUUUAUUAAAAAUAUAAAACAGAAAUACCUAGUUUACGUAAGUAUUCAGACCCUUUGCAAUGAAACUCGAAAUUGAGCUCAGGUGCGUCCUGUUUCCAUUGAUCAACCUUGAGAUGUUUAUACAACUUGAUUGGAGUCCACCUGUGGUAAAUUCAAUUGAUUGGACAUGAUUUGGAAAGGCACACACCUGUCUAUAUAAGGUCCCACAGUUGACAGUCAGAGCAAAAACCAAGCCAUGAGGUCGAAGGAAUUGUCUGUAGAGCUCUGAGACAGGAUUGUGUCGAGGCACAGAUCUGGGGAAGGGUACCAAACAUUUCUGCAGCAUUGAAGGUCCCCAAGAACACAGUGGCCUCCAUCAUUCUUAAAUGGAAUACGUUUGGAACCACCAAGACUCUUCCUAGAGCUGGCCGCCCGGCCAAACUGAGCAAUCGGGGGAGAAGGGCCUUGGUCAGGGAGGUGACCAAGAACACGAUGGUCACUCUGACAGAGCUCCAGAGUUCCUCUGUGGAGAUGGGAGAAUCUUCCAGAAGGACAACCAUCUCUGCAGCACUCCACCAAUCAGGCCUUUAUGGUAGAGUGGCCAGACGGAAGCCACUCCUCAGUAAAAGGCACAUGAAAACCCGCUUGGAGUUUGCCAAAAGGCACCUAAAGGACUCUCAGACCAUGAGAAACAAGAUUCUCUGGUCUGAUGAAACCAAAAUUCAACUCUUUGGCCAAGCGUCACGUCUGGAGGAAACCUGGCACCAUCCCUAUGGUGUAGCAUGGUGGUGGCAGCAUCAUGCUGUGGGGAUGUUUUUCAGCGGCAGGGACUGGGAGACUAGUCAAAUUCAGGGGAAAGAUGAACGGAGCAAAGUACAGACAGAUCCUUGAUGAAAACCUGUUCCAGAGCGCUCAGGACAGCAGACUGGGGUGAAGGUUCACCUUCCAGCAGGACAACGACCCUAAGCACACAGCCAAGACAACGCGGCUUUGGGACAAGUCUCUGAAUGUCCUUGAGUGGACCAGCCGGAGCCCGGACAUGAACCCGAUUGAACAUCUCUGGAGAGAUGCUUUUAGCGUCAUACCCAAGAAGACUCCAGGCUGUAAUCGCCGCCAAAGGUGCUUCAACAAAUUACUGAGUAAAGGGUCUGAAUACUUAUGUAAAUGUGAUAUUUAAUUUUUUAUGAAUUUGCCAAAAAUUCUAAAAACCUGUUUUUGUUUUGUCAUUAUGGGGUAUUGUGUGUAGAUUGAUGAGGGUAAAAAACAAUUGAAUCAAUUUUAGAGUAAGGCUGUAACGUAACAAAAUGUGGAAAAAGUCAAGGGGUCUGAAUACUUUCCAUAUGCACUGUACACGGCAGGAGAAUACAAAAUGCGUAGUGUCAUCUCUGAUCAAAUUUUAAGGUAUUCAACCAUAAAGAUAGUAUGAUUGAUAUGUUUGCUCUGUUUUCUUCAGGUUCUUCUGCCUCAUCCACUCAAUGACCCGACUGAAUUUGGAAGCUUGCAGGAUCUGUACUGUAUCAGCCAUAAGGAGGGGUCAGUGUAAAAUCCCUAAUGCAAGACAUAUAUGCAUGAUGUUUACAUGAUGAAUUCCCAAACCAUAUGUGUUAUUUCAUAGUUUUGAUGUCUUCACUAUUAUUCUACAAUGUAGAAAAUAGUAAAACAUUUAGAAAAACCCUUGAAUGAGUAGGUGUGUCCAAACUUUUGACUGGUAAUGUAUGGUUCAUGAGAAUAUUUUUUUAGCAUUAGCAUAUGUGCUAACACGCCUCAAUAGGUACAGUGCGGCCAUAUUUGAAUGCAACCAUUUUUUCUCUCAAAACCAUUAAAGACUGAUAUAAUGAGAUAUCAAUUCCAAAUUCAGUGUGGUUAAUCUUAGGGACAUCCAUGAUAGCGAUGACAAGUUUCAAGUUGAUAGGCCACUGUGGACGCAUAAAAUCUGAUUUUUGAUUUGUCAAUAACUUAGCCAUCUUUUGACCAAUCCCUUAGCUUUUCUCAAACUAGUUAAGACGUACUAUGGGCCUACAUUCCAUAUUUGGUGUCAUUUGGUCCUAUGGUUUAUGAGAAGAAGAUUUUUUAAGUAUUUCUUGCAUUUUGUAGCAUAUUAGCGUGUGUGCUAAUAUGCAUAUACUGUUGCCAUAUAGUGUUGCCAUCUUUGAAUGCAUCAACGUCAUUUCUCAAGCUCUUUAUGGACUAUUGUGAGUCCAAAGCUCGAAUUUGGAGUAAAUCUGACUUUUAGUCCAUGAGAAUAUUUUUUUAUUAUGAUUUUAAGCAUUAGCGUUAUAAAGUCAAGAAAGUGUUGUUUCCUUAUUUUUUAGGAUAUCAAUGCAAACUUAACAUGGUUCAUCAUGGUAAUGGCUUUGAUGACCCUAAAAUGUUUCUUGUUGAUAGGCCAUUGUGGAGUGGAUUUAUGAAGGAUUUAAAUGGACAGGUAAAAAAUGAUUUCCUGAUUUAUCAAUAACUCCAUCUCUUAACCAAUCCCGUAUAUAUUUUCUCAGUUAAGUUAAGAGAUGUACCAUUGGCCUACAUACCAAAUAUCUUCAGACAUUUCCAAGAUGGAGGAAAAUCUAUCCUGCUGGACCUAAUAGGUCCUUGAGGCAAAUUUGUUCAACAUGAGGAAAGACACCUACAUACAACGUUUCAAGUCUCUAGGUCAAACAGGGCGAUGGAUAUGAGGGUUUAAGUGAGACUGCUUACAAUAGUGCCACCUAUAGGCCAAUCGUUGCAAUUCUUUUUGAUCAAGUUACUCAUGGCCUCUGGUAGUUCUGUCUGCCAAAUUAGAAAGAAAAGUGACCAAUCUAUGCUUGAUAACUGUGAACACCUGCAGGGGUGUCAAACUCAUUCCAUGGAGGGCCAAGUGUCUGCAGGUUUUUGUUUUUUUCCUUUCAAUUAAGACCUAGACAACCAGGUGACCUUAAUUCAGCAGUCAAAUACAAGGGUGGAGCGAACACCCGCAGACACUCGGCCCUACGUGGAAUGAGUUUGACACGUGUGGCCUAAUGAUUAAUGAUAAUGAUUUUUGAAAGGUAAUUCAUUUCUUUAGGGGUAUGAGAGUUUGUGCAUGUGUGUUUUUAAAGGUACCUGUGGAUAUCUUUGUGCAUCCUCUUGCAAAUAACUAGAGCUGAACAUUUAUGUAUACAUUAUGUAACUCUGAGUUUACAAUUAACCUUUUACAUGUUCAUGUUUGUGUGUUGACUGUACACAGGGGAUUACACUCCUAUGGCCAUGAGCAGUCUUCCACCAUUCUGGUUAGUUUAUCUGAGUGAUCCCAGUUACUCUGGUCGGAUUCACAGCAACGUCAGACAGCGCUGGCUCAACGGUAAGACACACACACGGUAAGCUCGGUUGGCAGGCAGCAAUGUUCACCAAGGUCGAGGUCAAUUCCAUUUCGACUUUGUUUACUUCCUGCAUUGAUGGAAUUAUCACUUCAUCAAUUUUAAACUGUAGGCUAGAGGAAUCAGAUGAUAAUGAACAGGAAUACCUUUGUUCUCUAUCCGUAUUAAGUCUCUCUGUCCACCUUUUUUUUCAGGAGAAGCUGAAGUGGUUGAGGCCAUGAAGUAUUUUGCUGAGUUCACAGAUCAAGCCAGGUUUGUGUGAGAUGUUUGGAGGCACACAGGUUCAGUGGCAGUAGUGCCCCUGGUGCGAUAGCAAUGGCACAACAUCAGUGGAUGGUAGUUAUGGGAUUUGAACCAGCAGCCCUCCAGUGCUGGUCUGCCCCUCUAACCUCUGUCUACAUACUACCCCACAGAGUUCUUGCCUGUCUCUUUGAUAUGGCUUAAAUAUCUAAUCUAGGAUCUUCAGCACAACAAAUUCUUAACAUUAAUAUAUAUAUAUAUAUAUAUAUAUAUAUAUAUAUUUGCAGGACGUAACAUAUCAUACGAAAUGGAUGAUGUAGUACACAAAAAACAGGGACCACUUUUGGCUUGUAAGCACCACUCAAAACUACUGGCUGAAAUUAUACACUCUCAAACUUUUGUAUCUUUAAGUGAGCAUUACCUGGGAAUGAAAAGGUUGGGUUCUCUUGUCCUCCACAGGGUUGCGCUGCAGGGAAUGGACUGGAGCAGGCUGGCCCAGUUGAUGGAUGAGAACUUUGAGCUGCGACGGUAA